AUGUCCACCGCCCUAAAAGCAAACGCAGAGCUUGCUCUUGGCUUUGCCUCUUCUUCUAGACCCUCUUAUUCGAAACCCAACUCCAGCCAUGCCCAGCUAUCCACAUUGCCAUCGGGGACUCUUCCGAACAACUUCUCCGGCCUCUCUAUGGCUUCAUCAAGUGGAAUUUCUCAGAGCAAGUGCUUAUGCUCACUUUCGAAGAAUGACUCCGGUGAAAGCUCUGGUCAAAAUGGUGGUUUUACGUAUAAGGAUGUUGGUGUUGAUAUAGAUGCCGGGUCGGAACUUGUUCGACGAAUUGCCAAGAUGGCUCCUGGGAUUGGAGGCUUUGGAGGCUUUUUCCCUCUUGGUGAUCAUUUUCUUGUUGCUGGUACUGAUGGUGUGGGAACUAAACUUAAGCUUGCAUUUGAUACCGGAAUUUAUGAGACCAUUGGUAUUGAUUUGGUUUCUAUGAGUGUCAAUGAUAUUGUCACUUCUGGAGCCAAGCCAUUAUUUUUCAUUGAUUACUAUGGUACAAGCCGCCUUGAUGUUGAUCUUGCUGAAAAGGUUAUCAAGGGAAUUGUCGAUGGUUGCCAACAAUCAGACUGUCCUCUUUUAGGUGGAGAGACUACCGAGAUGUCGGGUUUCUAUGCAGAGGGUGAGUUUGACCUCUGUGGUACUGCGUUUGGAAUUGUGCACAAGGAAUCAGUGAUUGAUGGUAAAAACAUUGUGGCUGGAGAUGUCCUCAUUGGCCUACCAUCCAGUGGGGUACAUUCCAAUGGUUUUUCUCUUGUAAGAAGGGUUCUAGCUCAUAGUGGGUUGUCUCUGAAGGACCAACUACCGGGUAAAUCUGUUACCUUAGGUGAAGCUUUGAUGGCCCCCACAGUGAUAUAUGUUAAGCAGGUGCUUGACAUAAUUAGCAAGGGAGGUGUGAAGGGGGUAGCCCACAUCACAGGAGGUGGUUUCACCGACAAUAUACCUAGGGUAUUUCCAAAAGGCCUAGGAGCUAUCAUCUAUAAUGAUUCAUGGGAAGUCCCAGCUAUUUUCAAAUGGAUCCAAGAGGCUGGAAGAGUAGAAGAUGCUGAAAUGAGACGAACUUUCAAUAUGGGUAUUGGGAUGGUUCUUGUUGUGAGUAAGGGGGCAUCCCACAGAAUACUUGAAGAUGGAAAUGGAGCUUACUGCAUUGGUGAGGUUGUAACUGGUGAAGGAGUGAGUUAUAGACGAAAUGUAUAACUUGUGGCUCGAUCUGUCUUUAUGUUCCUUUUUGAACCCAUUUGAUAAGCUGAGAUGCAA